GGUCGGCUUGCUGCUUACAAGAAGAGGCUCUUUGGUAUUCAUGCAGUGAUAACCCAAUCUUUCCCCCCCUCUUUUUUAUCCCUUUUCCCCCUUUUGGCUCACAAGGGAGUUUCAUGUCUUUCUUCUAGACAUGAUGGACUUUGUGCAUUUAAGGAUUUUCUUUUUUUUGGCGCUCUCCAUCGCUCAGGUUUUGAUUGUUAAAUGCCAGGAUGAUGGAGACGAUGGCAGCUGCAAAGCAGAUGGCCAAGUCUACCCGAACAAGGACAUCUGGAAGCCGGAACCGUGCCGACUCUGCGUCUGUGACAACGGUCAGGUCCUCUGCGACAGCAUCCAGUGCGAAGAGCUGACCCACUGUGAAAAGAUGUUCAUCCCCGAGGGGGAGUGCUGCCCUAUUUGUCAGAGCGGAACCUCUGGCGGCGGCGGCGGAGGCAGUUAUGGUGGGGGCAGAAUUUACAAGGGCCAGAAAGGAGAGCCUGGUGAUGUCCCACUUGUGACUGGAAUUCGAGGUCGUCCUGGGCCUAUGGGACCACCUGGUUCCCCAGGAGAUAGAGGACCCAGAGGAAACAAAGGAAGGCCUGGGCUGCGAGGUUCUCCAGGGUUUGAUGGAGAGCCAGGAAUUCCAGGUCAGCCUGGUGAACCAGGACCUCCAGGACACCCAACUCACCCAGGACAGGGCCUUGGCUCACAGAUGGCUGGAGUGUUGGAAGGGAAAAAUGCACCCCAAAGCAUGUUAAGUGGCGCAAGGGGUGAAGCUGGAGCAAGAGGACCUCCUGGGCCAACUGGUUCUCCUGGUCAAUCUGGAGUACAAGGACCUCCUGGAGAUGUUGGUGAUCCUGGGCAUAUGGGUCCGCCUGGGCAAAGAGGACCUGAGGGCCCUGCAGGAAAAGCAGGAGAAGAUGGUGAAGCAGGAAAGUCGGGAAACACUGGAGAGGUUGGAUUCCCAGGAUCACAAGGAGCAAGAGGAUUUCCAGGUACACCCGGGCCUCCCGGACUAAAAGGUCAUCGAGGCCAUUCAGGACCACUCGGACUAAAGGGAGAACGUGGAGCUGUUGGAUCCAAGGGUGCCACAGGCCCGCCUGGUCCAAUGGGAGGACCUGGACCAAUGGGUCCUGCUGGGAUGCCAGGGGAAAGGGGCCGCUCUGGACCCGGUGGUACAGCGGGUAAGCGGGGAAUGCCCGGUAAUGUCGGAAAACCAGGACCAUUGGGUCCCCUGGGUCUCAGUGGCCCUCCUGGAUAUCCGGGGUCACCAGGCAUGAAGGGACAACCUGGCCCCACUGGUGUCCGUGGUCCAGAGGGUCCUCAGGGCCAACGAGGAGAGACUGGACAUCUGGGUAGACCUGGAGCAGUUGGCCUAAGGGGACCCACGGGUACAGAUGGUGGCCCAGGAGCCAAAGGACCAUUGGGAAACCUUGGUCCACAAGGUCCAGGUGGCCAUCUUGGACCUGCUGGCCCUCCAGGACCUCAGGGAAGCACAGGGCAACCUGGUAUCAAAGGACAAUUGGGAGAUGUUGGUGUACCAGGAUUUAAGGGAGAGGCUGGACCCAAAGGAGAAAUUGGUCCUCACGGAUCCCAGGGAGUCAUUGGACCUCAGGGAGAAGAAGGGAAGAGAGGACCUCGUGGAGACCCUGGAACUGUCGGCCCCCCGGGUCCUGUUGGCGAGCGAGGUGCGCCAGGUAAUCGAGGAUUUCCUGGUGCUGAUGGGCUGCCCGGGCCAAAGGGUUCACAAGGAGAUCGUGGAACGUCAGGCGUAUCAGGACCAAAAGGUUCUUUAGGAGACCCUGGCCGUACAGGAGAACCUGGUCUACCAGGUGCAAGGGGUCUUACUGGUACUCCUGGAGUCCAGGGAGCUGAAGGAAAGCCAGGGCCUCUGGGGGCCCCUGGUGAAGAUGGUCGCCCAGGCCCUGCAGGCUCCAUUGGAAAUAGAGGACCUGCAGGAACAAUGGGAAUACCAGGCCCGAAGGGUUUUGCUGGUGACCCGGGUAAGACAGGCGAACAAGGAUCGGCAGGAGUACCAGGUCAAAGAGGGGCUCCUGGCAAAGAUGGAGAAGUUGGCCCCGCUGGCCCACCUGGCCCAUCCGGUGUUGCAGGAGACAGAGGAGAACAGGGACCUCCAGGUGUAAAUGGAUUCCAGGGUUUACCAGGAAAUCAAGGUCCUCCAGGAGAAUCCGGGAAGCCAGGUGACCUAGGUAUUCCUGGAGAACUUGGUGCUGUUGGUCAAAUUGGCCCUAGGGGCGAGCGUGGAAUUCCAGGGGAGAGAGGCGAACUGGGUUCAAUUGGUCUGCAGGGACCCAAAGGAAUCCCUGGAGCACCUGGUCCUGAUGGGCCAAAGGGCAGUCCUGGUCCUCCUGGUGUGCUUGGUGAUGUGGGCCCUCCUGGUCUUCAGGGAAUGCCAGGGGAAAGAGGCAUCCCAGGACCCUCUGGGCCAAAAGGUGACAGAGGAGCCAUUGGCGAAAAAGGAUCAGAAGGUACACCUGGAAAUGACGGCGCAAGGGGUGCACCUGGCCCUGUUGGCCCAUUAGGACCUGCAGGCCCUAGUGGUGAAAAGGGAGAACCUGGACCUAAAGGACCCGCUGGACCUCCAGGUUCUAGAGGGGUGCCUGGAGCAAGAGGCGACCCUGGUCCAAUCGGUGCAGUUGGUUUUGCUGGACCACCAGGUCCUGAUGGCCAACCUGGAGUAAAGGGGGAGACUGGAGAGCCUGGUCAGAAAGGAGACGCUGGGUCCCCUGGACCUCAAGGCUUAGCUGGUGCUCACGGUCCUCAAGGGCCUAUUGGUGUUGCUGGACUGAAGGGUGGAAGAGGAACACAAGGUGCACCAGGGCCUACUGGUUUCCCAGGAUCUGCAGGAAGAGUUGGCCCACCAGGUCCAACAGGUCCAAUUGGGGAACCUGGACCACUAGGAGCUCCUGGAAAAGAGGGUCCUGCCGGUCUUCGUGGUGACCAUGGAGCAAACGGAAGACAAGGAGAGCGAGGACCACCAGGACCUCCGGGAACCCCAGGAGACAAGGGAGAUUCAGGAGAAGAUGGCCCUACGGGUCCUGAUGGUCCUCCAGGCCCAGCAGGAACUACAGGCCAGAGAGGCAUUGUGGGUCUUCCAGGUUUGCGCGGAGAACGGGGAAUGCCAGGUCUCCCAGGGCCAGCUGGACCACCAGGCAAACAGGGAUCCCCAGGAGCAACUGGAGACAAAGGCCCUCCAGGACCAGUGGGCGUUCCAGGGGCUAAUGGGCCACGUGGUGAUGCUGGUCCUGAUGGCCCUGCAGGCUCUGAUGGUCCACCAGGCAAAGAAGGAGUUCUUGGACAACGGGGAGACAGAGGGGACCCUGGUCCAGAAGGUUUGGCAGGUCCUCAAGGACUUCCGGGUCCAGCAGGUCCUGUUGGUGUUGCUGGAGAAGCUGGAAAACGAGGACAUGCUGGUUCAAGAGGACCUGUUGGUCCUCCUGGAGCCGCUGGAAAGAGAGGUCUUGUGGGACCCCAAGGACCACGAGGGGAUAAAGGUGAUUUAGGUGAUCAUGGAGAGAGAGGACAGAAGGGUCAUCGUGGAUUUACUGGUUUGCAGGGUCUUCCUGGACCUCCUGGUACAACAGGUGAACAGGGAGCGUCUGGAAUUGUUGGACCUAACGGUGCAAGGGGGCCACCUGGUCCUAUCGGGCCCCCUGGAAAAGAAGGAUACAUUGGACAGCCUGGCCCUAUGGGACCUCCAGGAUCACGUGGAAUAAGCGGAGAAGUUGGACCAGAGGGCCCUCCAGGAGAACCCGGACCACCAGGCCCUCCUGGACCACCAGGACCUCCCGUGGCAGCUAUAGAUGAUCUCUUUGGCCCUCAUGAAUAUGAUGAUGCUCCCCCUCCUCCACCAGAGUUCAGUGAGGAUGAGGCUCUACCCAACAGCAACUCCUCGACCGUGCUACCUGUGGACCCUGGUGUGCAAGCCACUCUAAAAGCCCUCAGCAGCCAGAUUGACAGCAUGAAAAGCCCAGAUGGCAGUAGGAAGCAUCCAGCGAGAACCUGUGAUGACCUCAAGAGAUGCUACCCCUCAAAGAAGAGCGGAGAAUACUGGGUGGACCCCAACCAAGGUAGUGCAGAGGAUGCCAUCAAAGUGUACUGCAACCUGGAGACAGGGGAGACCUGCAUCUCAGCCAACCCAUCAAGCCUACCUCGUAAAAACUGGUGGAGCUCAUCCAAGAACAAACCUGUUUGGUUUGGAGCUGACAUUAAUGGAGGAACACAGUUCACGUAUGGAAACAAAGACCAGUCGGCAAAUGCCCUCAGAGUCCAGAUGACUUUCAUUCGCCUGCUUUCCAAAGAAGCAUCCCAGUCCAUCACUUACCACUGCAAGAACUCUGUGGGCUACAAGGACCUGAAGACAGGCAAUUUGAAGAAGGCUGUGGUACUAAAAGCCUCCAAUGACCUGGACCUCAAAGCAGAGGGAAACAACCGCUUUAGAUACACCGUAGUGGAAGACUCCUGCACUCAAGCAAAUGGCAACUGGGGCAAGACAGUGUUUGAGUACAGGACACAGAAAACAGCCAGACUUCCCGUUGUGGAUAUCGCCCCUGUGGACAUUGGAGGCCCAAAUCAAGAAUUCGGCAUUGAUAUCGGGCCAGUCUGCUUCUUAUAAAGAAAGGAAAAAGAAAAACGUCAGCGGGUAUAUGCACAUCCUGAGACUAUUGAACUGACAGCUGACCCCGAUCAGCCACGUUGUACAUACGAGUACUGAGGACUUUUCUGGCCCUGUGGCAAGAUAUUUAUUGUGCCUUCCAACUCAGAACACAUCCAAAGAUUUCAAAGUUUAGACAUAGAAUGUUGGACAUUUUAAGAAUUGGUCAAAUCCGAAUCACUCCUUUUUGUUUGACAUGUUUGUUUGACAUGUUCGGACUCACUGAGGUCCAAACUUCCCUGCUCCCGCCCAACUAAAACGUGAAUGUCCAAAUAAAGAUUUUUUAAUUAGAAGUGGUUACCUUGUUUAUCAGAUGAUAAGUUUUAUACCCAAUUAAAGGAGACAGAUCAUGCAGUUACCAGGUGUGCUUUCAUCACAACACUCCAAGGACCAGCACAUUUUUAAGCCUCCCAGAAAUUAACAUCUUUGAAGUUUGACAAACUGUGGAACCAAUGUGGAGUGUGGCUUUUUAUUCUAAUUACAGUAUGAAGAAGCGGGGUGUUAUACGUUUGUCGAUUAGUUUAAUGAAUUCAUUCAAAAACAAAUAAUAAUGGCUGCCUUUGACAAUAGAUAUCCAACCAAUUUGAACUAGGAGGGCUGGCAACGAUCACGCAUCCAGUGCAAUGGAUUGGACGUCUCCAGAGGUGGGUAGAGUAGCGUUACUUCAAAAUAAUAUCACAAUAGUAAAAGUCAUCCCAAAAUAUUACUUAAGUACUAGUAAAAAAAUAUUCAGUGGAAAGAAUACUCAAGUAAUGAGAAACAUUGUGAAUAACUGCUCGCUUAGCAAUGUGUGAUACUUUUUUCUAAGCCCAACAUCAUCUAUUUCAACUGUUAUUAUUAUUAGGGCUGUCAAACGAUUAAAAUUUUUAAUCGAGUUAAUUACAGCUUAAAAAUUAAUUAAUCGCAGUUCAAACCAUGUAUAAAAUAUUCCAUAUAUUUCUGUAAAUUAUUGUUGGAAUGGAAAGAUAAGACACAAGACGGAUAUAUACAUUCAACAUACGGUACAUAAGUACUGUAUUUGUUUAUUAUAACAAUGAAUCAACAAGAUGGCAUUAACAUUAUUAACAUUCUUUUAAAGCGAUCCAUGGAUAGAAAAAAUUGUAGUUCUUAAAAGAUACAUGUAAGUACAAGUUAUAGAAAUUUUAUAUUAAAACCCCUCUUAAUCUUUCCGUUUUAUUAAAAUUUGUAAAAAUUUCAAUCAAAAAAUAAACUAGUAGCUCACCAUUGUUGAUGUCAAUAAUUACACCAUGCUCACUCAUCGUGCUGAAACCCAUAAAAUCAUUUGGACCCAAGCGCCAGCAGAGGGCGCCAAACACCAAAAAACAAGUAACAAGCGGACAUUACACUGCUGUCAUUUUAAUCUGUUUGAGCGGGGCAUGUGCGUUAAUUGCGUCAAAUAUUUUAACGUGAUUAAUUAAAAAAAAAAAUUACCGCCAUCUAAUGCGAUAACUUUGACAGCCCUAAUUAUUAUUAUUGUAAACUAUUACAUGGGUAGACAAAUCUAGAGAAAUGAAACAUUACCCGUCUAGUGGAGAAAACAUUUCCUACCAUGAAAUGAAAACGACUUAUCACCGGUUUUCCGUGGUCUAUCGGUCCUGUGCUUCAAAUCUGCGCUUCCGAGUAAUGUUGACUCUUUCUCAAAUAGUUUAAUUUUCAUGGCGCUUUAAAGCAACACUAGGUAACUUUUCAACCUUUAUAAAAUGUUUUCAUAACAUUCGUGAUGAUGUGUCGACAGACAACUAGAUGAAUGAAACCUAUUUUAUAUCUUGAGGGGGUCUGUAUCGCUUUCACUGGCACUAAUUAACUUUGAAGAGGGUGGCAGGAACCCGACACAAAAAAAAAAUACAAAUAUGUUGACUGCUUUAUGGCAUACGUCACUUCCCUCUUUUCCCUUUCAUUAUAAAGCCAGAAAUUUAUGCAAACGGUUUCUUCUGCAAAGAUGGCAGAGCAACAGAGACGAAAAGUUUUGUCCGAGGGGGGAAAAAACAGAGGCUACCAGGAUAAAAGUAUACUCAAGAAUAAACAUCGGUCCAGCUUUCACUCGCUGGCACUCGUCGGCGCUGACAAGUUCAAGUGGGGUGGGGAGGUUAGCCACACGGCUAACCGUCAUAUGCUAUUGUUUAGCCACAACUGGAUUCAUUACCUAAUUACUUUUCAUGCUUCACACAGCCGCUAGAAACAAAAAUGUUGUUUAAUCCGGUGGUCCCCAAACUUUUUUGCGCCACGGACCGGUGUAAUGUGGGCAUUUUUGUCAUGGACCAACAAUGUGUGGCAGAAAAUAACACGUCGAGGCUAAAAACAAAUAUGACGUGCAUGGAAAAUGUCACUCUCCAUACACUGAAUCAAUCUUUUGGCCUCUCCUAAAACUUCGGCAAACAUCUGUGGUUGCAAACAUAAUGAGUUCCUCUCCAAUCGUGAAAUGUUUCUUAGCUUUAGUAAUACGGUUCGCCAUGAGGUAUGAUGCUAUCAGUGCAUUUGCUGUUAUUGCCUCGUUUGCUAGCUUUUUGUCACAUAUUAUGCAGAAUGGACUUGGUUGUUGGCUCCUCCUCUGGCUCAGCAGGUGGCCUUUUCCCCGUAAAAAAGCUGUCCAUAGACGUCACCGCCCGCAGCACACAACCAACAGCAGCUAAAGUUACUGUUUACAUUGACUGGCGCUGGGCUGCUAUAGGUGUGCAAACACCCUAGUAAUUGGGGCCAACCACUAGAUGGCGACCUAUACAAAUCUUUACUCGGCUUAGUCUAUAGCAGGGGUGGGCAAACUAUUCCACAAAGGGCCGCAGUGGGUGCAGGUUUUUGUUCAAACCCAACAUAAGGACAUCCUUUCACCUAUCCGGUUUCUUACAAGUGCAAUCAGUAGAUUUCAGUCAGGUGCUUCUUGUUUCCACUGAUACCUCAUUGGCUAAACUGUCUGUGCUGAAUAAGUUUGAACAAAGACCAGGACCCACUGCAGCCCUCGAGGACCGGUUUGCCCACCCCAGGUCUAUAGAGUAGACAGGUACAUCGAUGUGUCAAGAGCCACAGGCCAUAUUGCAGCCGUUAUUAAAUUAUUUCUCUACGGCCCAAUAGCAAAUGCGUCACGGAUCGGUGGUUGGGGACCACAGGUUUAAUCCAUCUGCAGGCGACCAUCAUGAUUUUACAACACUAUGCGGGUGUGCGCUGGUCCUCAUGGGAAACGCAGUCUUCCUUAAAGCAAAACCUUUGCCCACCUGCGUUGCUAAAAGCCACCAAAACUGAAAAGUUACCAAGUGUUGCUUUAAAGAUGCCACGUAGGGCUUCCAACUGCAAGCUUGCCUGUGGUCACAUGACUGUAUUGUUACAUCUGAUUAGUAUAAUGGAAUCGCGAUUAUUGUUGUGACGUCUCAUUGGUGAAACUGGUAGAGCCACUGUGGGCAUCGCUGGCAAAAAUGAAGUAAAAUCUAAUAAGAGGAAAAAUGUAUUUACUCUAGGAUAGCCCACUGUAGCGGAGUAAAAUGAGCAUCUCUUCACAAAUCUAUUUAAGAAAAUAAAGUACACUUUUCUCAAAAAAUUACUCAAGUAAAUGUAAUGCGUUACUACCCAACUCUGGACAUCUAUCCCUGUCAACGGCAGCCAAAUAGUGGAGGGAUUUUAGAACAUCAGUCCAUUUGAACUCAACGUGGACCACGCUACCUCGUCCGUCACUGAGACUGACAUCCAUAAAUACAUGAUGCAACAUGUAACAUGUUCUUUCACAGGUGCUUAUUUUUGUAAAGUUGCAUGACGCAAAGUACUCCAAGCUAUUGCGGUGCAGGGCAGGGUUCGGGGAUGCCAAUAAAGGUCUUUCUGUCUCACCACGGAGAGAUGAAUUUGAUGUCAAUGUGAGUCGUGUGGUGCUUUGUAACUUUCUGUUUUGUUUUUCUUCUAAAAUCUUAUUUUUGCAAUAUAGAACAGUGAAAGGUAGCACAGCUUAUUGUUUCUUUAUGCAUGUCAGUUCUCCCCGGGUUAAUAUAUUCUCUUGAAAUCAUUUAACUUCUUUGAUACAUAGAAAGGUGGCUGUGAGUGCCUAUUUGCUUUGUAUAUCCUGCUAUGCAACAAAUUAAACAAAAAGCUUGUUAAUCCCCUAACUCUUGUCAUGUUAAUUUAGGAAUAGCUAGGUUGUUGUUUUAAUGUUUUUCUUGUCUUUUUGCACACAAAUCGACAAACUGUAUUUAGGACAAUAGUAUGACUUCUUUGUAACUUGAUCUGUUAAAUGUGACUUUAAGUCAUUCUAUUGUGAUCAUCUGGUGCUUUAUCUGAGUAUAUUUAUUAUAAUUUUUUUUUUGAAAAAUAUUUGUUAGGCUUGACUGCCUGAUAAAUCCCAGAGGAAAAGGAGAAAGGAGGACAACACCAUUUUUUCCCCACACUGGAUGCAUUUGAUUUCCAUCCUUUGAAAUAAA